UAUGGCUUUGCCGCCGGACAAGGCUUCGGAGAUGAAGCAGAUCAUCCGGCAGCAGCUCGCCAAGGUGCCAGUGGGUGAGUGAGUGAGCAAGACCUAGGUCAUCCAAGUGGAAGCAUUUCUUUAUUUCGAGGCAAGCAGUUGUAAGAAAAUGCUGGCGGCAAACCCAAAAGUCAGUUAAGACUCUCUGGGAGCGACUUGGGUUUUGCACGUGCUGCAUCAACGAGCUGCCCCAAAAAUAGUUGUAUGUUUUGAACACUUUUACUAUUACAGAUCGUUCUGUCACAGAAGGGUUGAAACUAUUGUACGAAUACAAUAAUUAUUGUAUGCUUGGCCACGCUGCACUCUUGUCUCAGGCCCCACGAGGUGGUGGGCAGCUGUGCCUGAGCUGUUGGAAGCAGAGGGGCCACGUGGAGGAGCCCGUGAAGAGCCAGAGCAAGGAUCCCUCUGGCCACCUGCACCGUCCGGCCUCCUUCAAAGCGCUUGUAGGGCUGGCAAGGGCCUCCAGAGGUCCUAGUGCAGCCCCAACCUAAGGCAGGCCACUCCCUAUCCAAACUGACCUGUACAAACCAUCAUCUAAACCCCACAGGAGGAUGCCCUCAGCCCUGGCACAGCACAGUAGGCCUAGCAUCCUUGCCUGCCUCAGGCAAGGUAGCCAGAGUCCUGCUUCUCCGAGGUGUUCUCAGUAUGCGCUCCAUUGAGUGUUUUGUUUAUUUUUGGUGGUAUGAGUGGUUUUGGCUGUGCACCUGCUGCCAGAUGAGCUUCCUUCUACCUUCCACUUGAUAAGGAUGUUAAAGAUGGACGUCCAUGGAAGGAUCCGAGAAGUUCUUGCUGAGACUAUACGUGACGAGAUAGCGCCCGAGCAUCAGCAGUUAUCCACAGAUGAUCUGAUGAAAGCUCUGAGACGAAGAGGAAUCAUUGAUGAUGUUAUGAAAGAACUUAAAGUUGUAACUGAUAUGAAUAACCAAGAAGUGACCUUAGAUCCCAAGCCAUCUACCCAUUUUGUUGACAGACAGCCGCCAGUACUGAAGAAAACUAAUAUUGACCCAACACGGAGGUAUCUUUACCUUCAGGUUUUGGGUGGAAAAGCUUUUCUGGAACAUCUACAAGAACCUGAACCCUUGCCUGGCCAAACGUGUUCUACCUUCACUCUGUAUUUACUUUUUCGAAACCAACGGUUCCGUUCUAAGCCUGUCCCGUGUGCCUGUGAACCAGACUUUCAUGAUGGUUUUUUACUUGAAGUGCACAAGGAUAGCCUAGGUGAUGGAAGUAAGAUGAUGGAUGCAACCACUAUGUUAUCUAUAUGUGAUCCAGUGCAUAUGGUCCUGAUCAAAACAGACAUGUUUGGUGAGACAUCACUCGUAGCAUCCUACUUCUUGGAGUGGCGAUCUGUCCUUGUUGCAGAGAACAGAAUAACAAAUAUUGCGGUAGAACUCCUGGGUGUAGGUACAGAAUCAAAAGUUUCUGUUGGAGUCUUAAACAUCAGACUUGAAAUGUAUCCACAGCUGAAUAAGAUACUGUCCCAGGAAAUAAUUAAUACUCAGUUUGCUUUAGAACGCCAGAAAACAGCAGAAAAAGAACGUUUAUUUCUUGUGUAUGCUAAACAGUGGUGGAGAGAAUACCUGCAGAUCAGGUCUUCACAUAACACAAGGCUGGUAAAGAUUUUUGCACAGGAUGAAAACGGGAUAAACCACCCAGUAUGUUCUUAUAUCAGGCCACUUCGAGCAGGCCGAUUGCUGGACACACCUAGACAAGCUGCAAGAUUUGUCAGUGUCCUCGGUUAUGAAAGAGCUCCUGUCAUUGGAGGCGGAAGUGGUAAACAAGAACAGUGGUGCACCCUUCUCGCUUUUCUAUGUAGAAGCAAGGGUGACUGUGAAGAUCAUGCUAACCUUUUAUGUAGCCUUCUCCUUGGUUAUGGAUUAGAAGCCUUUGUUUGUGUAGGAACAAAAGCAAAAGCAGUCCCUCACACAUGGGUAAUGACUUGUGGAACUGAUGGAAUCAUCACUUUUUGGGAGAGUUUAACAGGACACAGGUACAUUCACAGUCCUAUCCAUCCAGAUGACCCUCCACUUGUUGAACAGCCCAAGCCAACGUAUCCUUAUCGAACAAUAGGCUGUAUCUUCAACAAUCAAGCAUUCUUGGCAAACUGCCAGCCUUCUGAUGCAGUGGAAGUCUGUGCAUUUGAUUUGCGUGAUGAAUCUAAAUGGAAACCAAUGAGUGAAGAAGCAAUCAAAUCUGUUUGUUCUCCAGGGGCCACGACUUCACUUCCUCCUUUCCCUCCUCUCUGUGCUUCCACAAUAGAUGCUGCAGUAGCAAGCAAUGAGAUUGAAUUACAAUUGAGGAUACUUGUGUCAGAAUACAGAAAGGACCUUGGCCUUACUACAGUUUGGGAUGACCAGCUAUCCUAUCUCUUGUCACCAGCUUUGGCAGCCUAUGAACUAGAACGUACAACAAGCAUCUCUGCAGGAAAUGAAGAGUUUCAAGAUGCUAUAAGAAGAGCAGUCCCUGAUGGUCACACAUUUAAAGGGUUCCCUAUCCAUUUUGUGUACAGAAACGCCAGGAGAGCAUUUGCUACAUGCCUUCGGUCCCCUUUCUGUGAAGAAAUAAUCUGUUGUAGGGGAGACCAAGUCCGACUUGCAGUUCGUGUGCGAGUGUUUGCAUAUCCUGAAUCUGCGUGUGCUGUUUGGAUCAUGUUUGCUUGUAAAUAUCGUUCUGUACUCUAAACAAAUAAAUAAAUAAAUAAUUGUCACACUUUUUACAGUGUUAAAACAACAUUUAUAUGCAUCUGUAAAGGGCACGUUAUUAGAAAUCAUUCAAAUAUAAUGUUUCAUUUUGGAUAAAAUGCUAGUAUGAUGGUGAUAGAGAAUAUUGUAAUGUGUAAUUUAAAAGAGAAUUAAGGCAGAAAUAAUUGUAUAAAACUGUAAUGAAUGUAUUUAUAAACAAAAUGUAUAUAUUUUUGUAUUUAAAUAAAAGCCAGCUUAUUUAAAA